CCGCGAGGCGCGAGUUUGUGAAAACCUGUAAAACCGUUCAACCGUUAGUGGCCUUAGUUUCCCGCAAAUGAAAAAUUAAAAAAGUCUGAUUUAAUCAGAAGUUAGUGAAAGAGUUCUUAUGAGAAGAAGUAAAACGUGAAAGAAUCCAAGAUGAAUAGCUCUGAGACUGAAUGUGAGGUUGAUGAAAAUGAAGAAUCAAGCAGUAAUGAAUCGGCUGUAAGGUGCAAACGGGCCAAGAAAAAGAAAUACUUACAAAAAUACAAUUCAAAUUGGGAAACUGAAGCCGAAUAUAAAGAGUGGUUAGGUCCUAAUAAGAACAACAUACAUGAAGCUAUAUGUCGAAUAUGCAAUAAAAGCAUUAAUAUAUCUGCUGGAAAGAAUCAACUCAAACGCCAUAAAGCUAGAACUAGUCAUAUUAAGGCUAUUUCUGUUCGUAAAUAUCAACCAUCGAUGACUUCAUUAAUUAAAGUUCAGAGUUUAAAUAGUAUGGAGCUAUCAACCAAAAAGGCUGAUCUGUAUUUUGCUGCUUUUGUAGCUGAACAUAACGUGCCAUUUAAAAUAAUGGAACACAUGCCUCAAUUGAUAAAACAAAUAUGUGUCGAUUCGGAAAUAGCAAAAAACAUAGCAUGUAGUAGAACCAAAGUAACUGCUAUCGUACAAAAUGUUAUCGGACAGUACAAUUUAGAACAAAUAUGUAAAACAUUGAACAACGUUAAGUUUUCAUUAAUUGUGGAUGAAUCGACAGAUCGUGGAUGUACAAAACAUUUAUGUAUAGUCGUAAGAUUUUUUCAAGACAAAAAAGUGAUAGACUGCUUUUUGGGUUUAAUACCUUUAAAAGAUGCAACGGCCGAAGACUUAUAUGACAAAGUUACUGCAUUCUUUAAUUUAAAUAAGAUACCGUAUAAGACUAAUUUAAUUGGUUUUGCUUCUGAUGGAGCAAAUGUGAUGGUAGGCACCAAAAAUUCUUUUUCAAGUAGGUUGGUCUCAGACAUUCCGCAUAUAUUUUUGAUGAAAUGCAUUUGUCAUAGCUUUCAUUUGUGUGCGUCAAAUGCUUGCAGUAUGCUACCUAGUUCUGUUGAAGAAUUAACUAGAGAAAUAUAUAACUAUUUUUCGAAUAGCCCGAAACGAGUUGAAACCCUCAAAGAGUUUCAAAAAUUUGCAAAUGUAAAAAUCCAUAAAAUUCUUCAUCCGGCUCAAACGAGGUGGUUGUCUGUUGAAUCGGUUGUGGUGCGAAUUCUUGAACAAUAUGAAGCUCUUAAACUUUUUUUUAUCGAUGCGUCUGUUAGUAGCGAUCGAACUUCUGCUGGAACUGCUAAAAGUAUUUUACAGAAACUUCAAGAUCCGUUGACAAAAAUGUUUCUUAUGUUUCUAGAGACCUGGCAACACUGGUUUCAGCAUCACGAUGGAGAAGAGGCGGGCGUAAUCGCGACAGGUAUCGUCCUCGAGGUCAAAGUGGUGGUCGAGGUCGUGGUCGAGGUGCUGGUCGAGGUCGUGGUGGAGGUGGUGGUCCAGGUCGUGGUCGAGGUGGAACAAUAA